AUGCGCAUCGCCAGCACCAUCCUCAUCAUCGCAUCCAUUGUCAGCGCCGUUUGCGCUGCUCCUAUCAAUGACGAAGUGGUAGCACGUGGUAUCGAAGUCGUCAGAGCUGCAGAGCCGGAAGCGCAACGUGAUUGGAGGCGGGAAGCUGAACCCCAAAGGGACUGGAGGCGCGACGCUGAAGCUCAACGGGACUGGAAGCGCGAAGCCGAGGCCCAACGGGACUGGAGGCGGGAUGCGGAGGCUCAGAGGGACUGGAGGCGGGAUGCCGAGGCUCAGAGGGACUGGAGGCGUGAUGCUGAGGCUCAGAGGGACUGGAGGCGGGAUGCCGAGGCCCAGAGGGAUUGGUAA